UUAGUUGAAUUUGUACCGAAGUGCUAGCAAAAUUUUACUAGAGCAUCCUGUGAUCUAAGGUCUUGUUUUCCUAGUUUGCGCAUUGUGCUUGUGUGGAAUUUUCUAAGUGUUGCUACUUAGCUACCAUAAAGUCAAGUAAUUUCAUGAGCUCCGCUUCUAAUUUGAGUGAAGUGUCUGACGUACCUCUAACUCUCUCAGACUUAGGCUUAAGUCCACUUUGGGAAGUUAGAGCAAGGUUAGAGAGUGAGAUUGAGUGUGAAAGAGAGUUAAUAAAGGAUCCUAACCAUUCUCCACCUCCCACUCCUUAUAAUGAGAGCUACGAAAUGGAAGAAAUGUUGUCUGAGGAGACAUUGAGCGUUGGAGGAGGUGAAAAGGUAGUGCUAAUAGGGCAAGAAGAGGAGUCUGAAGUAGCAACUUCAAUGAGUAAGGAAAGUGUGGAGGAGGGCAAAUAGGUGGAGAUCCCUGCUCAGAUUUUGGAAGCUGGUGAUGGGAGGCAUAAGCAUUUUGAGGAAGGGGAUGUAGUUUUUGAGGUGUAAAAGUAAGAAGCGUCCGGGAAGGAUAGGAGUAGCUUGGUGCAUUUGGUGGACAAUUACAACAUUCCACCUCAUGUGUUUUUAAGGCCUAUUAGUGAGGAGGAACAGGCUUGUUCGUCUCUUGGGGAUCACUCGAUGCCCUUUUAUGCACACUAUCUAUAUGCCGGGCUGAGGUUCCCCAU